AUGGACAAUGGGGUCAGGUAUACACCCACACCCUGGAAUGGCCUGGAAGAAAAUUUCUGCCGGAAUCCUGAUGGAGACUCCAGAGGCCCAUGGUGCUACACGACAGACCUCACCGUGCGUUUCCAGAGCUGUGGUAUCAAGACCUGCAGGGAGGCCGCUUGUGUCUGGUGCAAUGGCGAGGACUACCGCGGUUUGGUAGACCGCACCAAGUCGGGACGCGAGUGCCAACGCUGGGACCUGCAGCACCCUCACUCGCACCCCUUCCAGCCUGACAAGUUCCUGGACAAAGGUCUGGACGACAAUUAUUGUCGGAAUCCAGAUGGGUCCGAGUGGCCCUGGUGCUACACCACAGACCCGAAGAUCGAGCGAGAAGUCUGCGACCUGCCCAGCUGCGGGUACCAGGGACCCACGAAAGACGAACCCAGCCCCAGAGGCCGUUCCAGCACCCGGUCAGUUUCCAAUCGGCCUGGGUCCUUCCAAGGAUCCAAGACACAACGGCGCCCCAAAAGCAAGACUUUUAAGUGCUUCCGCGGGAAAGGCGAGGACUACCGGGGUACAGCCAACACCACCUCUGCAGGCGUGCCCUGCCAGCGUUGGGAUGCGCAGAGCCCGCAUCAGCAUCACUUUGUGCCGGAGAGAUACGCUUGCAAGGACCUUCGGGAGAAUUUCUGCCGGAAUCCGGACGGCUCCGAGGCGCCCUGGUGCUUCACCACGAGACGUAACUUGCGCGUGGCCUUCUGCUACCAGAUCCAGCGCUGCACAGACGAAGUGUCGCCAGAGGACUGCUAUCAUGGCUCAGGGGAACAGUACCGCGGCAUGGUCAACAGGACCCGCAAGGGCGUCCAGUGUCAGCACUGGUCCUCGGAGACACCACACAAGACACAAUUCUUGCCCACCUCGAUGCCCCAUGCCAGACUGGAGGAAAACUUCUGCCGGAAUCCGGAUGGGGACAGCCAUGGUCCCUGGUGCUAUACUAUGGACCCAGCAACCUUAUUUGACUACUGUGCCCUAGACCGCUGCAAUGAUAGCAAACAGCCAUCCAUCCUGAACCCUCCAGACCAGGUACAAUUCCACGAAUGUGGCAAGAGAGUGGACAAGCGCAACAGGCUGCGUGUGGUGGGGGGUCAACCAGGGAACUCACCAUGGACAGUCAGCUUGCGUAACCGGCAGGGCCAGCAUUUCUGCGGAGGGUCCCUAGUGAAGGAGCAGUGGGUACUGACUGCCCGACAAUGCGUCUGGUCCUGCCAAGAACCUCUCACUGGGUAUGAGGUGUGGUUAGGCACAAUAUUCCAGAACCCACAGCCUGGGGACCCAGACCUACAGCAGGUCCCGGUGGCCAAGACAGUGUGCGGGCCUUCAAGCUCCCAGCUUGUCCUGCUCAAGCUAGAGAGACCUGUGACCCUGAACCAUCGUGUGACGCGGAUUUGCCUGCCCCCUGAGCAGUAUGUGGUGCCUCCAGGGACCAAGUGUGAGAUUGCAGGCUGGGGAGAGUCCCAAGGUACAAGUGAAAACACCGUCCUGCAUGUGGCCUCGCUGCGGGUCAUCUCCAACCAGGAAUGCAACGUGAAGCACCGAGGACAUGUACAGGAGAGUCAGAUGUGCACUGAGGGAUUGUUGGCACCUACCGGGGCAUGUGAGGGUGACUACGGGGGCCCUCUUGCCUGCUUUACCCAUGACUGCUGGGUCCUCCAGGGGCUUAUCAUCCCCAACCAAGUGUGCGCACGGCCCCGCUGGCCAGCGGUCUUCACACGUGUGUCUGUGUUUGUGGACUGGAUUCACAAGGUCAUGGAGCUGGAGUAGGCCUGGCCUUGGUCCCUUGCCUUGGGGAGGACAAAAUUUCCUGUCAAAUAUAA